AUGGACUACAUUGAAAAAGCAGUCAAAGGCAAACUCGUUUUUAAUUAUGAUGAUUUUUCGGAAUUUGAAGAGAUCAAUAGUGAUGGAUUCAAAAUAGUUAAAUGUUGUUGGAAUAAUUUAAAUGUCGUCCUUAAAAGUAUAACAGAAAAAAAUAGAAACUCCGAAUUUAUUCGAGAACUUGAAAUAUUAGAAAAUAUACAAAAGAUUAAAACUCAUCCUAAUAACUAUAUUAUUGACUUUUAUGGCAUAACUAAAGUCGUCAUGAGAAUGGCUAAAAAUUAUCUUAAAAGCAUUUUCUUGGGUUAUUUUGGGGAAUUAUAG